AUGUCUAAACAUGCCCAAUUCAACGAUAAUGAACCUUCCUCAAAGCAGCUUAGAAUUCAAGAAGGUGCUCAGACAUUACCGGCACUAUGUGAUAGACAUGUAUGGGGAAUUCUUCGGCACUUCCUCACCACCAAUAUGACCAUGCCUCAAAUGGAUGAUGCUCUUGCAUCAUACCCUAGUGAUAGAUACUUUGCCGAGGAUUAG